ACAUUCAUGUAACUUAACUCAAAACGCAACGUAAACCCAAGAUUAACAGCUCUCGAGUGUUGUAAUCGCCAGAAAACAUCAACAAAUUGCCUUUUUGUCCAAAAAUCGCAAAUAAACUCGUAACGUUUUUUCGGUUGGCCCCACUGAUGUUUGUAUGUCAAACGUCAGCGGUGCACGUUGUGUAUAAAUCAUUUAGAGGUUAAGUCCGCCACAACAAAAUCGCAAUGUUGCGACGCCAAGCCCGCCUCCGCCGCGAAUACCUCUACCGCAAAACCGUCGAAGACAAGCAGAAGUCAAUCCAAGCCAAAAAGACCCGAAUCAAGCGCAGCUUGGAGGAAAACAUCCCCAUCCAUGGCGACCUCCAAAGCAAAGCUCUGCACUACUCCAAGAAAAUCGAGUGGGAGGAUGCGGGCCCCCAGGCCGCGGCACGCAUGGGCGGCGAAAGCGGCGGCGCCCUCGCCAACUCGCAAGACGACGAAUACAGAUACGCCGGAGUCGAAGACCCGAAAAUCGUCAUCACGACGAGCCGAGACCCGAGUUCGCGGCUCAAGAUGUUCGCGAAGGAGCUGCGACUCAUUUUUCCCAAUGCGCAGAGGAUGAACCGUGGUAACUACGAAAUGAAGCAACUGGUGCACGCUUGUCGGGCCAACGACGUCACGGAUUUUAUUAUAGUGCAUGAACAUAGGGGUGUUCCGGACAGUUUAGUGGUUUGUCAUUUACCGUACGGACCUACCGCGUACUUUACGAUGACGGACGUGGUGAUGAGGCACGACAUCCCGGAUUUGGGGACGAUGUCCGAGCAGUAUCCGCAUUUGGUUUUUCACAAUUUUAAAACUAAGUUGGGGGAGAGGGUCACGAGUAUUUUGAAGUAUUUGUUUCCGGUGCCGAAGGAGGAGUCGAAGCGGGUGAUCACGUUCGCGAAUCAUGAUGACUAUAUUAGUUUCAGGCACCACACGUACAAAAAGGUGGACAAGCAGAUUGAGCUAUCUGAAGUGGGGCCUCGUUUCCAGUUGAAAUUGUACGAAAUUAAGUUAGGGACUUUGGAAAACGCAGACGCCGCGGACACCGAGUGGGCCCUCAGACCCUACAUGAACACCUCUGUUAAGAGACGUUUUCUCAGCGAUGAUGAUGGUUGGAAGCAAGAGGAUGACAUAAACGACUAAUUUGUUUUUUUUUAUAUUUAAAUAAAAAUACGAGAUUAUAUGUGUUUCAA